AUGUCUCUUAGAUGUGUUGUUGUUGGCGAUGGUGCCGUAGGAAAAACUUGUCUUCUCAUCAGCUAUACAACAAACAAAUUCCCCUCCGAAUAUGUUCCUACUGUCUUCGAUAAUUAUGCUGUUACUGUUAUGAUUGGCGAUGAGCCAUAUACCCUUGGCCUAUUCGACACUGCUGGUCAAGAAGAUUACGAUCGCUUACGGCCCCUUUCAUACCCGCAAACUGAUGUAUUUCUCGUCUGUUUCUCUGUUACUUCACCUGCAUCAUUUGAAAAUGUUCGCGAGAAAUGGUUUCCUGAAGUCCAUCAUCACUGCCCCGGAGUCCCUUGCCUAAUUGUUGGCACUCAAACAGAUCUGAGAGAUGAUCUCAGUGUUCGAGAAAAGUUAAACAAACAGAAAAUGCAGCCAGUUAAAAGAGAAGAUGGGGAGAGAAUGGCUAAGGAUUUGGGUGCGGUUAGAUAUGUGGAAUGUAGCGCGUUGACACAGUAUAAGUUAAAGGAUGUAUUCGAUGAGGCUAUAGUCGCUGCACUAGAACCUCCCGCUCCAAAAAAGAAGCAUCGAAACUGUUUAAUCCUAUGA